UUUAAAGGGUGCAGGGUUCGGCGUGUGCAGUUUCACAGACAGUUUUGACAUGGACAGACUAUCCACCUGAAUGUUUGACUGAAGGGUAACAGUUGUCUUUCUUCACACAGCUGUGUCUCUCGACUUUUUAAUGCGCCUCUCUGCUGUCCACAGAAUGGAGGUGCUGCGGGUUGGACUCACCCUUGUUCGACACGGGGAAACUAAGUACAACAAAGAAGGACUGUUACAAGGCCAGACGAUAGAUUCCUCCUUAUCAGAGACAGGUCUGCAGCAGGCUGAAGCUGCAGGGUUCUACCUAAGGGAUGUGAGGUUCAGCAACGUGUUCGUCAGUGAUAUGCUGCGUGCUCGACAGACUGCUGAAAAGAUCAUGCAGCCAAACAGCAGCUGUCUGGGUCUGCAAAUGGUGUGUGACCCUUUGCUUAAAGAGAAAAGUUUCGGGAUUGCAGAGGGUAGACGGGUUCAGGAUUUUAAGGAAAUGUCCAGGGCAGCGAAGGAAUCUUUCCCAGGCUUCACCCCUCCAGAAGGAGAGACUCAAGAGCAGGUAAAGGCGCGGGUCAAAAAGUUUAUGGAGAAAAUGCUGCAGCAGAUUGGGGCCGAACACUGGCACGUCAGAAGGCACGAUGUUGCCUCCACGGCCGCAGCACCAGAGACUUCUCCUGCUGAGGGGGAAGCUGAUGACGGAGUGAGGGGCAUACCUGUCCAUGCUUUAGUUGUCACCCACGGAGCUUACAUGUGCGUGGCAGUGCGCUACUUUGUAGAGGAGUUGCACUGCAGCUUACCUCCAGGUUGUGACAAGAAACACAUGUUCUCUUUGAGCCCUAACACUGGGAUCUGCAGGUUCACACUAAGUAUCGCAAAAGAUGGGAGCAGGUUUAUAGUGUUAGGAAUGCACAGUGUUUUUAUUCACAGGGAGGACCACAUUAAACAACAGGAGCAAUACAGCAAAUAACAGGAAACAGGAAGUACAGAACAAAAUAACUAAUCAGUCAUCAAAUUUUAAUAUCAAAGAUAACCUGAGUAAAAAAGCUGUUUCAGAUCCAUUAACAAAAAAACAUCCUUUCAAGCCAGCCUGGCCUUAUGCGGAAACAUAAAUGCCUCCUAAACCUAAUAACUGUGAUUUAGGGACAUAUUGUAUAGCUGUUUUCUUGUAUCUGUUUCCUAGGGAACAUCAGCAUGUUUUUAACUGAGUCCAAAUGCAAUGAUGCAAAAAUGUCCCCACAGAUACUGAAUAUCAUAAGUAAAUGCUAAGCUGCAGGGUGCACUGCUGCCUUGCAGCAAGAAGGACCUGGGCUCAAAUUUCUGCAUGGAGUUACCAUGUUCUCCUCAUUUUCUUGGCGGGUUUUCCAGCUUCCUCCCACAGCAGAACAAAAACAUGACUGUUGGUCUCUAAGGCUACGUUUACAUCGCGGGUCUUAAUGCUCAAUUCCGAUUUUUUGGUGAAAUCCGAUUUGUUUGCGUGGUCGUUCACAUUUCCAAAUAAUUGUGACUAGUUGUGAUCUCCUGUGUGAACGCACUCAAACAACUUAAGUGUCCCGCAUGCGCAGUAGACGACGCAAUGACGUCACAUGUAGCGAGCGUGCUUAGUGUUUGCGGAAGUAAAUAUGGAUGGAAAUGUUGGCCUGCAUUUAGCGAUUUUUAAGUUGUUUUCUAACCGGAGCCAGCAUAUUAACAACGCAGUAUUUUUUUUUUAGGAAAAUCGAAAAGAAAGAGGCAGGUUUUUUGGCCGUGGCAUUUUGUGGGGCAGUGGCAGCGUCGUCGGUACUGAGAAACGUGUGGGUUCGGAGUCAAACCCAGCAGUGGUGGGAUAGUGAUGUCAGCCGCUUUAAUGAUACAGACUUCAUUCAGAAUUUUCCAAUGAUAAAGGCAACCUUUAUCUACAUAUUUUUCGACCCGCUUCCGCGUAGCAGGACCCAGACUAGUGACGUUUGUCGAGGAUUAAUGACGUACAGGUCGGAUGAAGGCAACCUGGCCGUACAGACACAGGUCGCAUUUGAAAAGAUCGGAUCUGUGUCGUUUGGACUGUCAUGAAACGUUUGGAUACAGGUCGCAUACGGGCCAAAAAAUCGGAUUUGGGUCACUUCAAGCUGCAGUGUGAACGCAGCCUAAGUUGCCCUUAGGUCCAAGUGUUUGUGUGACUAGUAGGUUGUCUUGUGAUGAACUGGAGACCUGUCCAGGAUGGACACUAUCUCUCGCCCAUAGACAACCACCUCUGCAAGACAGAUGUCUUAUUAUCGGUAGUCCUAAAAUACUUCUCACAUGAAGGAAUGAUCUUAGUCAUAAACAUUAUGAAAAGACAGCAACAGUUUAAAUUAAAAAUAUAUGCCAACAAUCGAGCUUCCUAAACAUCUAAAAAUGAAAGAAAUUCCAUGUUCAAGAUGGAUGUAAUGAAAGAAAUCCUGUCUUCUUCCUCAAGGUGAAGAAGACCCUGCAGGUUUAUUCCAUGUUGCAAUGGGUGCAGCACAGAAAGGUUUUAGAAUUGGACAGUUUGUGUUAAGGAAGAAUUUCUGCAUUAUCACUUUGGGACUUUCUGCUUGUUCAUUACUUUGAAUGUUGGGGUCUUGUGCUCUGAAUAGCUUUCGUUUCUAUAUUUAUUAUCUAAGAGACGACAGAUUUUAAUGCAGGAGCACAGAAGUGUGUUUGCUCUUUGGAACAUCAGAGACGUUGUGAAUUAAUGCUUGAGUCACAGAGAGAACGCUGUGACGGGACACACUUGUGUUAGGAGUUGAACAAUGUGUUUGUUCUUCCAUUUUCUGCCCACUUUGACUCCUUUCUGUGUUAAACACUUUUUACUAGAUGAGUUCAGUUCUUCGGCAUAAUUAAUAAAGAGAAUGUAUUAAAAGUGGACAUAUUUAAACUGAAUCUGUAUUUUGUAAAUUCAUUUUGUAAAGUUGCAUCUGUAGAAAUGUCUAUUUUGUUUGUGCUUUACUUCAUUUGGACUCGACUUGAACCGAAUGGUCCUUUGCCAGUUAUAUAACGUGUGUUAGUCCUGUGAUCUGUGCAGCCUGUCCUGGAAAUGAGUAAUGGGGACAGUAGGAUCUGCAGAAAAUGUGCUCAGGAUUAUUAAAAUGUGGAAUGAAUGAAA